AGCUUUAAAUGGAAGAAACAAAAAAGCAGCAUCAUCAACGGCCAUAACUCAUCCACGGCGUGUGUGACGGCGCUAUUCGGUGAUGGUGGCGUUGGUCAACACAAGAUUGAAGAGGGAACAAUGCAACCGCACAAAACACGAUUCCAGCUUCUCCCAUUGGAAGAUACUGAUUGGGCCUUCUGAUUGGGAAGAUCAUUCCAAAGGAAAGGAAGGGUGUGCAAGAUACAGGAUCCAUAAUCUUCCUCAGGAAUCAAAUCCAGGGGUGUAUGAGCUUGGAAUUGCUGUGAUCAAUGGUGGUUUGGGGCGUGAAAUUUCCAAGCUUGCCCCUCAUUCUCACCGCAUAGUGGUGGUUUACCUUGGACAAGCUGAUAAUGUGAGAACAAGACUCCAACGUUAUGGCAGAACAGGUGCUCAUCUGCACAGUGGCUGUUCGAAUGGUUCUUCUCCCCAAAAGGGGCGCCCCUUGUUUGAGGAAGUGUUUUCACAAGGAUUCUCAAUCGUUUAUAGAUGGGCUCCUAUGCAAAACAAGGAAGAUGCCCUGCGAACAGAAGCUCAGCUGCUCAGUACAUUUGAUUAUGCAUGGAACACAAGCAGUAAUGGAAUCCGUAGACCUGAAGAAAUUCUUCAAAAGCUUCAAAAAAUUGCUUCAGCCACUAGAACACUUUCAGAUGUGGCCAAAGUGCUACUACCAUUUACUCAGAAGCAAGUGGGCAUCCGAAUUAAAUCAAGCAAGGCACCUCAGGCAGAUGACAAGUUAGAUAAAGCGGACAAUGAGAGCUAUAAUUUCCUAUCUCGGGUAUUCAGUUUUAACAGAUCACGUCCUAGGAUAGUUCAAAGUGUCACUGGUUUCGUUCAGGAACAGGAGAAUGCUAAAAUAUGUGGAGUGGCAUUGGAUGAUGGUUUGAUUUGUCAAAGGCCACCAGCUGAGAAAAGAUUGAGGUGUCCCGAACACAAAGGAAUGAGAGCUAAUGUUUCCAUUGCCGAAGCAACCAGGGUUCCCAAGUCAGAGAGCAAUAUUGAUGAAAGUCUGACAGACACCAAUGUAUGUGGAAUCAUCUUAAAUGAUGGCUCUACCUGUAGAAGGCAACCAGUUAAAGGAAGGAAAAGGUGCCAUGAGCAUAAAGGGAGGAGAGUUGGUGCAUUUGUUCAAAAUAAAGGCAAUGGAUACAGAUACCAAAAUGUCAGCUAUGAUGUAAAAAAUUCUCUACAAACACUGGUAGGGAGUCCUGUUGAUGAGAGUAUAUCAAACACAGAUAUAUGUGGAAUCAUCUUAAAUGAUGGCUCUGCUUGUACAAGACAACCAGUUAAAGGAAGAAAAAGGUGCCAUGAGCACAAAGGAAGAAGAAUUCAUGCAUCCUUUCAUGUAAAUCAGAAAUAACUGGCACUGCAGAAUUUCUGCAUAACAAGUGUCAUGCUUAAUCACCACAAUGAGUUAGUUGAAGUUUAGACAGAGACUGUUGCUGCUAGCUGAUGACCUGCUAGAAGAUGGGUUUAGAUGCUAGACUUGGAGUGUCAUAACUGAACAGCUGAUAUCUAUUUAAAAGGCAAACCACCAGUUGUAGGUAAAAAAAAAUUCUUGCAGCAGAAAAUGCAUUGAUCAGAUGCUGGAAGGGUGAAAUAUGUUUGUAUUAUUAGGGAAAUUUCACUUAUAAUUCUCUGAAGGCAAGGAAGUAUGUAAUAGUAGUUGUUUCCCAUUGUUGUUGUAUUGUAGGAAUAGCGAUUGUUUAUUAUGGUCAGAAAUGUGCUCUGUUUUCCUGCAGCAGCAUCAAAGUACAAGUUUAUAGAUAUGUUAAACCAUUGUAUUCUUUUAGCACUUAAGAUUACAAAAAUGCAGACAGAGAUUUAAACCAUCAAGUUGAUUGAGGCCUAUAUAUAUACGCUAAUUAUGAGUCAA